CAGGAGCCGGAAGUGCUGCCUCGGAGACCGCCCCAGGAAGGGCGGAAGUAAGCGACGUGAAGGAAGUGGCUACAGUGAGGGCGGAAGGUGGGGUGGGGGGGGACCCGAGGCGAGGUUCUGGUCACGCCGGCCUGUGGCCCCGGUCGGGCUUUGGCCAUGGAACUCAGCGCCGACUAUCUCCGCGAGAAGCUGCGGCGGGACCUGGAGGCAGAGCAUGUGGAGGUGGAGGACACGACUCUCAACCGUUGCGCGACCAGCUUCCGAGUCCUGGUGGUGUCGGCUAAGUUCGAGGGAAAGCCACUGCUCCAGAGACACCGGCUGGUGAAUGAGUGCUUAGCUGAAGAGCUCCCGCGCAUCCAUGCCUUUGAGCAGAAAACCCUGACACCAGAGCAGUGGACCCGAGAGCGGCGGAAAUGAGGGGCCUGAACAGCCAUUAAAUUGUAAAUCGGGA